UCGCUGAGGCCUCCGCUUCCGCCUUCCAACGCUCACCGCGCCCUCCCACCAGAGUCGCCGCCGUAGGUUCGCCCCCGCGCAGGGAGCUCGGAGACUCGCCGCGGUGGAGGCCAGAAGGAAGGAGAUGAGGGCCGUGGUGCAGCGCGUCCUCUCGGCCAGCGUCGAAGUGGAAGGGCGAGUGGUGUCUGCGAUCGGCCCGGGCCUCCUCGUCCUCGUCGGUGUCCACGAGGCUGACACCGACUCCGACGCCGACUACAUCUGUCGGAAGGUCCUGAAUAUGAGGCUGUUUCCUAAUGAGAAGACUGGAAAAGCAUGGGAUCAGAGUGUUAUGCAGCGAAACUUCGAAGUUCUAUUAGUCAGCCAAUUUACCUUAUAUGGAAUCCUGAAGGGUAACAAGCCAGAUUUCCAUGUGGCUAUGCCACCUGCGAAAGCAAAACCAUUCUACACUUCUUUGGUUGAAAAGUUUCAGAAGUCAUACACAAAUGAUACGGUGAAAGAUGGCAUUUUUGGAGCAAUGAUGAAGGUUUCUUUAGUAAAUGAUGGCCCUGUAACAAUGCAAGUUGACUCACCCUCAGUACAAGACUCUUCUCGGUCAAGCAAUGGUGAUGCUAGUUUGGUUCCAGAUGGUGAAGCAGCAGUACCGAAUGAGACUCGUUAAAUAUGCAUGGCCUGUUCCUGGAGUCCCGCUCUCUUUGCCUGAGUUGGUUCUGGUCAGGAUUUGAAAUAUAUUGCUUGAUUCUAUGUUGAAUUUCGAGGUUCUAGCAGAAGGAAGCCUCCUCUUGUUCAGUUCCUAUGAGAAGUAUAACUUGUCUCCCUCCACAUGUUGAUCGAUUGAGAAAUAUUGGACAGUGGACACAGUUGUUUCUGUCACCAUUGACCCAGUCUCAAUUUAAUCUAAUCGACCUUAGUGUUUUGCCAUCAUCAGUCAGCUCCAAUUCACGGACGCACUACAUUUUUCUCAGACAUAUUUGGUGAGUCA